AUGGCACGGGCAUCCACGGCAGCUGUAUCAUCACCACAUGCCACCAGCUACCGGUGGUGCUACGUGGAGCAGGUAGACCAGGCCGCUCCCCUCGCAGGCAGGAGCAACGGGUGGCGGUACUUGGGGCCUGGAGGGAUCACCUAUAGGCGCCAGGCCGUCUUCGGCACGGGGUUUAGGGUUCGUAUCUCCUUCCCUUCCUCGCCGGGGCCGGGAUACAGGUGGUUCAACUCGCACCCCCUCGGAGGAGAUCCCAACCUGUACAAUUUUCAAACUUGGGCGAGGACGGUGCUGCAGGGAGGCAUGGUCCACCCGCGUGACGCCGAGGCUUGGCGCACGGCGUUUGUAGAGGUAGAGGGUGGUGGCCUUGGACAGCUGGUUGUGUCAGCGGCCGACGAGAGCUGGCGAGUAAUCCUCUGCUGGGCGUCAGCUGGCAGGAGGAUCGAAGUCGACACCGGCAUCCCGAUCUCUCUUGUGAGCCUCCAGGUCCGAUCUGGUAUCGACUCACAGAGCCCUUUUUUCAGACAGCUUAACAUAGCGACCUUCGGGCACAGAGUUGUGAGAUAUGCCCCCAUCACCGCAUUCGGCAAAAAAUGGCAGAAACAGCUCCCCGGAGCCUGUCUCGCUGUCCUCGUCGCCGACGUUUGGCGCGAUAGUCAAGUCUACCUGCUAAAAAAAACGAAGGAGAGGAGAAGGUUUGGAUUCCGCGAUGUAGAUCCCACGGGUGCGUUUAUGAUCUCAUCUCGUGGUGGUCGACCAAAAAAGGGCGCGCCUGUACAACACAAGAACGCUCUUGACGGUGGGAACUACUUCCGCAACCUGUAUUCGAUUCUACUGGAGCGAGACAUCGGGGAAGUAGAGUUCGACACAUGGGUUUCGGGGGAUGCAGAACCACCCGCCCUGACAUUACUGCAUCUCGAAAAGUGGCUCCAUAUGACCAACGCCAGCGUGGUGGUGUGGUCACAUCGGGGCACUGGUGCCAACAUUCUUGGACCAUCCGACGGGAAAACGAACCUCCAACCGCCCACACUACACGUUGGGGUUCGUGAGGGACACGUGUACCGGCUUGUGCUCGAGGGGCCCUGGGGAGAAGACAGGUUUGGAUCGUCUCUCGACGUGGCAAUCGAUCACAGUGUACGAACUUACCGUAAAUUCCGUCGAAUUUCUGAGAUGACCGUGGAAGAACAGGAACCAGAUACGACUGGGUUUGGCACCAAGACCUUCUCGUGUGUCGCUGACAUUGUGAGUGAUAUCAUGGCCAUCAACCAAACAGGGGGGGACCACAACCGACAGCCAGUAGAAAAGCGGAAGCAUGGGAGGAAGGUAUCAGAAAGCAAGACGUGGUACGCGCCUCCAGGAACGGCCCUCGACGAACUCAUGCUCCACCUACACCUCGCUGGGGUCUCGUGCAAGGGUAAACUCACGAACUACAGUCGCUGGGAUUCACUGUCCUUACCAGCGCACGGUGUAGUCAUCCGAACCUGGUGCAGCGCGAGCAUGGGUGGGCUCGAUCCCGAUGACUUCGAGCCCGACCAGGCAACACGAUUGAUCGAGCUGCAUAAUGCCCUGGGUCUGAAGUUCCACCGCGGGGUAUUGGAUUUUCGAGUAUCGAGCCAGUACAGCCAGUCUCUGCUCGCCCUCCUUGAGGUGUGCUGGCGGGGGCCGAUCGUCGGGGCAGAGGACGCGUCCGGGAGUUCCUACGGAAGGGAAGACUGGCAAUGUGACAUAAACGGGGCCCACACGGCCGCCCUAAUGAACAUGGAGACGGUGCCCGUUUUCGGCCACAUGGAUGAGGUGGAGGAGUUCGAUGGCCACAACAUCGAGGAUUGGACGCUAUACAUCAUCAAGCUGGACGCGCUCGGUGAGCCAGACGUAUUCCUUAAUGCGGAUGUGACGCCGGUCUUCGGUCGAAACUACGAGCGUUACCUCGACCUCAUCGACAACGCGCCUCGCCAUAGAGUCACCCACUUCGUGCGACCAUCCAGAACGGUCAGCAGGUGCCACAUACCCAAAUUUGUAAGAGACCUGCUCGCGCAUGAGCUGGGUGAUCCUCUCCUCGAGGAUGCCGACUGUGCACGCCGAUUUAAAAAAGGAAUAUUCGUGCGGGCGAGCGGUAUGUUGCAGCAGAGAUAUGCGGACAGGAUAGAUGCCGUCAUGGUUACGAGCAGUGACGAGGCUUCGGCUGUGGGUGGAAAAAUUGUCCCUGUCCUGUGCGAAGUCGAUCGCGUCAAGGCCGAGCUUCGUACGGGACAAGGGGACCUUGGCAUCGACUCACUUCACACCGGUGAUGCAUACCUUUGUUUCGACGCAGAACGGACCUGGUACAGAGAUGGCUUCUGGGCGUUAGGUGCGCUCAUUCUCGACGAAACUCGAUUACGAGUGUUGGAGGCGAGGAACGCUCUCGAACUAUGCGGCGCGUCCGACUUUAGCUUCCAGUGUGACGCGGUGUUCUUCAGGGGAUCUUCUUCGGUGCAAGAAAAUAUGAGACUCCGCUUCAACCAGUUGUUUAGCGGCAACGACAAAACCCCCGGCACUCUCAAGUUUGAACCGGCAUUGAAGAACCCGCUGUGUGGAGAGAGGAGGGUGUUCGAAGGCAUCGUGGUCAAGCUAUCGCUGGAUGCGUUACCUCCGGCAAUGAGGAAAAUUCCUUGCCCGUUAAAACCCCGGCUUUUAGUGAUCCCUCUGUGGGAUGGCAUCGGCACCGACUUCAGUUCGAUGGAAGAAGCUCACAGCGCCUGGCGUCGUCUCGGCAAGAACACCAAGCGCAAUAUGUGGCCGGAAAUAUGCGAGGCCGAGUCACCAUCAAAACUAGAAAUUUUACUCCGCGGCUCGUUGUCUCGACAAGGUUCAAGGAUUGUUUGUGCGGUGACCGGAGAACAUGGAGGGGCGGGGAAGAGUUAUUGUGCCUUCAACGCUGCCAAGAAUAUCUUCAAAACGGGGUUGGUCGUUACCCCUACCAAUAGUCUGAGAACGUCCUUCACAAACCUGCCAUCCGGUUGGAAUGUAAAGACCGCUGACCACCAGCUCGGAUUCUACCUGGGCGAUGAUUCUCAUGUGAAGAAGACGGCGGGGUCGAUACGUACACUUAAGGUCGACGUGAUCAUCAUAGAGGAAGCUGCUUAUAUGCCUCUCCGGACCCUAAGCAUGGUCCUGGCUGCCGCCCAUAGCAGCGGUACCCACGUGAUCGGGACGUACGACACGCACCAACUCCAGCCCGUUUGCGAGAGCAGCGGCAUGUCGAUUAGCAGGGACAACGUCAACAGAAAGGUCAUCCUCGAAAAAGCCUUCCCCACAUGCUUUCAUGUCUUCGCGCGCAAGCGGGAUAAAACUGUCGACGAACAGGUGGAGAUGGACGACGGCCUCUUGCACAUUCUGGCCGCAGGAAACGACAGUCACGAGGCACAGACUCGAGCCAUCGAGAGAUUUGGUGGUGAUUGUCUCGACGACCCAAGCCCUUCAGACUUUCAUCUCGCUUACACUAGAGACUGUGCUCGUUUCUAUGCGUUUCGAGGCUUGCUGGGGUGCAACGAGUCUGGAGGCUGGGACGUGCUGGGGCAUAAAACAGUUGUUGGUGCACAAUAUCGGGACCUCGGGAACCCGGGCAAGGUUCACAAGAAUCACAUGUACAACGUCAUCCGAUCCUCGGCAGAGACCGUCGUCGUCGCGAGCGCAUUCGACGGUGCUGCUAGCCUUCAGGAGACUUCACUCUGUCGAGCGGAGGCGGAAAACUUGUUUGACCCCUCGGGAGCGUGCACGGUACACGCCGUCCAGGGCCGUACGGUAGAAGGGAGACUGAUCAUACACCAGGCCCGACACCCUUACGCCGAUGUGUACUGGAUAUACACCGCCAUAAGUCGAGCGACCGGACCGUCGAACGUCAGGGUCAUCGACGAUAUUCACCGAAGCAAGAGCGACAUGUCAGACCGAGAGAGGGCAUCGUGGGUUUCUAGGAAGGUUUCAAGUUAUAUAUACGCCGACGUUGCGGCCGAGCGUCUCGGAUCUGAUGAGGGGGGACAACACAGAGAAGCUCUCGUCCAAGAACUCCACCGCUCCUACGGGGGGAGGUGCAACUUGUGCAACCAUGACUUGGUCUGGGCCGUCUUUAGUGAACGCCAACCGACUCUCGAUCGUCUUGACUGCGCUUUGCCGCACACGAUCGAUAAUAUAGAUGUGAAAUGCUUAAAGUGCAACAGAGCCAGAGGAAGCCUAGGGAGAGGGAAGUCGAAAAAGAGAAAGACGAGUUGA